AAAAUAAAAGUACUGCCACUCUUUUGUCCAAAUUCACUGAUGAAAUAAAUACUUACUUAGACGAUAAAAAAAUUGUUGUAGCAAUAUUCUAUGAUUUUAAAAAAGCAUUCGACACUUUAGAUACAAACACCCUUUUAAAUGGAAUGGCCGAAUGUGGUGUGGGGCAGCCGCUAAACGAAUGGUUUCGCGACUAUCUCACGUCACGUUCAUACCGCGUUAAGAUUGGUGACGACCUAAGUGAUGAGACACUAGUACAUUGUGGAGUACCGCAGGGCUCCGUAUGUGGCCCUGUGUGUUACCUAAUGCAUGUAAAUAGCUUAUGUGGAGUUUUGCGAAACUGUUCCGCACACAUGUUUGCUGACGAUCUAUGCACCCUACGCGCAGGAACCAAUAUGAUAGAAACUUGUCGUCUAGUUCAACAAGAUAUAGAUUCAGUAGUUAAGUGGUCUCAUGACAAUGGGAUUAUAUUGAAUUCAGAUAAAACGAAGCUCCUAAUUAUACAGUCGCCAUAUUUAAGUCCAUCAGAAAUGCCCCUCCCUAUGUAUACCCACAGUUUUACUUGCCUUCAUAAUAACUUACACCAUUGCCAUUGUAGACCAAUAGAAAAAGUAGAUUGUGUUACAUAUUUAGGUGUUAAAGUAGAUUCCGCAUUUUCUUGGCAACAACAUAUAAAUUAUAUCUGUAGCAAACUUAGAAUUUUAUUAGGAAGAUUUUACCACCUUAGUUUUAAAGUACCAAUUAAUAUAUUAAAAUGCUUAUACUUUGCCAUAGUAGAUUCCGUGUUAAGCUAUGCCCUUGAUUGCUAUGGUCUCACUUUCAAAUCGUACAUAGAUAAAGUAGAAGCGAUACAAAUUAGAUUCUUAAAGUUACUUGUCAGUAAAAAAACUAGAAACAGCUGUAAAGGUAAUUAUAAUAAACUAUUUAAAAUUUGUAAAAUACUCCCAGUCAGUCUAAAACACAAAUACCUCUUAGCUAUUAACAACCACAGCAAUAAGGUGCAUAUCUCGACACGAUUAGAACAUAAACAUAAUACAAGAUCAGUGGCUGUGCAAAAAUAUGAAAUACCCCGCGUUACCAACUAUUAUGGAGAUAGAACAUUAAGAAAAAGAUUGCCGUAUUUUUUAAAUAGUCUGCCUGAAAAUAUCAGACUUGAGCCCAAUAAAAUUAAAUUUAAAAAAGCACUAAAGCUGCACCUAAUGGAAACACUUGGGUGACAAUUGUAUGCCUGUGCCUGCAAAUGUCACUCAAGUGAAGAGAGUUAUAUUCAUGGUGUAAGUUUUAAUUAAUAAUAUGUUACGUUGACUAUGUACGUAAGAACUUAUAACAGAGACUCGCGCCUGCAGUCAAACUGUGUAAACAGUUUUGCAGGAAACUGUACUAGAUCAUAAGUUUAUUCCAUGAAAUAAUAAUAAAA